UGCCGUCACAUGCAAACCGUGGCGACCAAAGAACGUUUUGGAUCAUUUUUCACAAAAAUAUGGGUUGUUCUUCGUCUUUAAGUCAAAAGCAUGCCCAUGUCUCGCUUCCCUUGUCCGAGCCACAGAAGUAUCUUGUCCGAGAAACUUGGGAAACGAUCGAACAACACAAAAAUAUGGUCGGGAAGAAAACGUUUCUAAGAUUUUUUGAGAUGAAUCCCGACUAUCAAAAGCUGUUUCCAGAGUUUAAAGACGUAGACCCAGUUGAACUAGAGAACACGAGUGCUUUAUAUGGACACGCUAAGCGAGUCAUGAAAGCCGUGGAGAACGCCGUGUCUUCACUAGAUGAUGCGUUUAGCUUCGCUGCGUACCUGGAGGAACUGGGAAGGAGACAUAUAGCUCGCGCAUUGAAACCGUCUUAUCUUGAUGCAAUGCAGGAAGCACUGAUGUACAACUUGAAAGAUUUACUACGCAGCCAAUGGACAAAGGAAACAGAAGAGGCCUGGAACAGACUUUUUCGUUUCAUUUCUUCAACAAUGGUUAAAGGACUUCAGUCGCCAUGAGAUAAAUUCCGCCCGUGAAGUAAACGGGGUAAAACGUGGUUUUAAAUUUUGUAUAAAGCCAUUUCGGCGAAAAAUAAAAAGCGCUGAUAUUAUAUGGACAGUGAAAAUGAACUUGAAUCUGGCAUAUGUUAAAAUUCGCCAGCGAAGCUUUUGUAUUUUACCUUUUUGAGUAUUUAUCGCGAAAUUGGAAGGUGUUAGAGUUGAAAUCUUCAGAAUGAACUCGAAAAAUUUCUUCGUCCUACAUCCUCGAUAAAUCAGUCGACAACCCCAUCAAUUUUUUGGCUAUUUUUUUCUCGAAUGCAGUCGGUCGUUUAAACGGCAGUAACUUGAAAAAACAAAGAUGGAUAAAAUAAACAUGCCAAGUAAUUUCAGUCAUUAAAACUUAAAAAAACAUAACUCAUUGACUUCUAUGUAAA